UAAAAUUCCAAUGGCAUGAUUUAGAGAAAAAAGAUAGAGAAAAAAUUAGAAGAAAUAAUUUUAUUUUUUGAUGAUUAAAUGAAUAAUUAGAGGAAAAGAAAAAUAAAUAUGAUUGAAAAAAAGUGCUGGUUGGAAAUUGGCCGUUGUUUAUUGGAGACAUCAGAGGUCCAUAAAUGGGUAUCAUCGUGAUUCCAACAAGAAGACUUCUUUCUUUCUCUCCUCCAAUCUAGGGUUCUUACGUAUAUACUCAUUUCUCUUUCAUCCCUUGAUUGAAAUUCCUUUUGCCGUCAAUGUUGUCGCUUUGACGGAAGAAAGCAUUGUCCUUUUUCUCUGGGCUUGGGGGUUGAUUUUCUCACAUUUUUCUCUGUUUCAUCGGAUCCCGUUGAAUUUCAGGAGAUUUCGUUUGAAAUCUCAUCCCCUCUUCUUCUGGGUUUUCUGGAUCUCGAUCCUCUUUGCUGUCAUUGACGGGUCAUUUUUUUCGAAGAUGACGAUCCCUAAUUCCAAUGAUAUCAUGGUUGAAAACGCAGUCUGUGAUUUUCCGUGUACUCCAGAGGAAGAGAGACGUAUCGUCUCGGAGCUAACUACCGAGUCGGAGGAUAAUUUGAAGGAAGGGAACUUGUAUUUCGUUAUCUCCAAAAGGUGGUACACAAGCUGGGAGAAAUAUGUUGGGCAACCAACAAAUGAAUGCACAAGUGGAGAGCCCUCGGAAGCUUCAAGGCCUGGACCGAUUGAAAACCAUGAUAUCAUCGAUAGUGCAAACGACACUAACGAUCCACAGCUCCGUAGAUUGCUUGUGGAAGGGGAAGACUACGUUCUAGUUCCUCAACAAGUUUGGAAAAGACUUGUUGAAUGGUAUAACGGAGGUCCUCCAAUACCAAGGAAGUUGAUCUGUCAAGGGUUUUACAGCAGGAGUUAUAGUGUAGAGGUUUACCCACUCUGCCUUAUGUUGACAGAUGGAAGAGAUGAAAGUAUAACUGCAAUACGUUUGGGAAAACAGGCGUCUAUAAGGGAGCUUUAUGAGAAGGUUUGUGCUACGACAGGGGUAUCUCAAGAAAAGGCUCACAUCUGGGAUUACUUUGGUAAGAGGAAAAGUCGACUCUUGGAUCCUUCAUCUAACAAGAACCUGGAAGAGUCAAGCCUCCACAUGGACCAAGAUAUUCUUCUUGAAGUUGAUGGGUCCUCUUCUUCUCAGUCUGCUAUGAGCUCGGCAGGAAAGGAGCUAGCGCUGGUUCCCUUGGAGCCUUCAAGAUCACGUGUUACAAUCGCUGGGGGUCCUACCCUAUCUAAUGGUCAUUCCACUUCCAAGUUUAGUCUCCUUCCGAAAAUCACUUCUGAAGAUGAUUCUUUGAGUGUUCUUGGAAAAGGAGAGAAAGGAGGAUUAGCAGGAUUGAAUAAUUUGGGCAAUACCUGCUUUAUGAAUAGCGCUCUUCAGUGUUUGGCCCACACACCUCCGAUAGUUGAAUACUUCUUGCAAGAUUACAGUGACGACUUGAAUGUUGAUAAUCCUUUGGGAACGUGUGGUGAGCUUGCUUUAGCCUUUGGUGAACUGUUGAAGAAAUUAUGGUCAUCAGGAAGGAAUGCAGUUGCACCGCGCUCUUUUAAGACAAACUUGGCUAGAUUUGCUCCACAGUUUAGUGGUUACAAUCAGCAUGAUUCUCAGGAACUGCUUGCUUUCUUAUUAGAUGGGCUGCAUGAAGAUUUGAAUAAGGUGAAACAAAAACCUUACGUUGAGCUUAAAGAUUCUGACAGUCGUCCGGAUGAUGAAGUUGCUGAAGAGCGAUGGAACUAUCAUAAGGCCCGGAAUGAUUCUGUAAUAGUUAAUGUCUGCCAAGGUCAAUACAAGUCAACUCUGGUUUGUCCAGUCUGUGGAAAAAUCUCAAUCACAUUUGAUCCCUUCAUGUAUUUGUCUUUACCUUUGCCGUCAACACUUACACGGUCAAUGACGGUCACGGUGUUUUAUUGCGAUGGAAGUCGUCUUCCGAUGCCAUACACUGUAACAGUGCCUAAACAUGGAUCUUGUAGAGAUCUUAUUACGGCAUUAGGUACUGCUUGCUGCUUAACCAAUGAUGAGAGCCUUUUACUUGCAGAGGUAUAUGAUCACAAGAUCUUUAGAUAUUUUGAGAAUCUUCUGGAGUCACUGAGUCUGAUUAAAGAUGAUGAGCAUAUUGUGGCGUAUCGGUUGAAUAAGAUGCAGAAAGGAUCAGGAAAAGCAAAGCUGGAAAUCCUUCAUGGAGGGCAGGAAAAGGCUGUUCUGGAGAGUGUUAGAGGCAGAGACGUGAAGCUUUUUGGAACUCCUUUUGUUACUUUUGUCAACACAGAACCACUAAGUGGAACUGAGAUUGAUGCAGUUAUCUCUGGAUUUCUAUCGCCUCUACACCGGGUUCAAGCCUCAUCUAAGAUUCAUAAUGGAAGAGAAAAUGGUCACCUUCCUGAUGCUGCUGCUGACGAAACAUCCGGAAGUAAAUCAUCACCAGACACCGAGAUCGACGAUGCAUCUGAUAGAGAGUUAUCCUUCAGGAUCUUCUUGACGGAUGAGCGUGGUUUGAACUUCAAACCACUUCAGUCUGAGUCUUCUGUGAACCCUGGUACCGUUACAAGAGUUUUAGUCGAGUGGAAUGAGACUGUGCAUGAAAAGUAUGAUACCAGCUACUUGAGUGACCUUCCUGAGGUUCAUAAAACUAGUUUCUCUGCAAAGAAGACAAGGCAAGAAGCGAUAUCUCUGUUUUCGUGUUUAGAGGCGUUUUUAGCCGAAGAGCCUCUUGGACCGGAUGACAUGUGGUUUUGUCCGGGAUGCAAAGAACACAGACAAGCGAACAAAAAGCUAGACCUGUGGAAGUUGCCAGAUAUUCUUGUAUUCCAUUUAAAACGGUUCACGUAUAGCAGAUAUCUCAAGAACAAGAUUGAUACGUUUGUGAAUUUCCCAAUCCGUGAUCUAGACUUGAGCAAGUACGUGAAAAACAAGAAUGGCCAGUCAUACUUAUAUGAGCUGUAUGCCGUGAGCAACCAUUACGGUGGACUUGGUGGUGGUCACUACACUGCCUACGCUAAGUUGAUUGACGAAAACAAAUGGUAUCAUUUCGACGACGCUCAUGUUUCAUCAGUAAAUGAAUCUGAAAUCAAAAGCUCAGCGGCAUAUCUUCUGUUCUACCGAAGAGUGGGAAGUGAAACGGAGACAGAAGCAGCUAAGAUGUCUGAGGACUGAUAUGGAUUAAGUCACGAAGUUGCUGCAUUGAUCUCACUCACUCACAUGUCAGGUGAUGGAUGUUCUUUCUUAGUUGAAGCUGGUGGUUGAAGAGUUAUCUGCUUCAGAUUUUAUGAUGUUUAUUUUGGCAGAUCUCUAUGGAAAGUUGGGAUUUAGGCUCGGAAGAUUGUUUUUUGAUUAGGGAAUUUUCUAGGUGAAGGGGUAAAAUUUUUGGGUAGUGAUGAACAGAUUUAGAAAUGUAGAGAUAGAGUUUGCGAGAAGAAGCCCUUUGUCAAUAUAAAUAUUUAAGUAUGCCAAUCUACUACUUCGGAAUUCAAUUGAUUCUGAGUUAAAAAAGACGCAUAAAAGAAGCUUUUCAAUAAUAAUCCCUUUACCCCUCUACAUAAAAAAAAAAGAUUAAAUAAUUUAUAAUGCAAAGUUUACUUAAAUCCUUAAUUCUGAUUGUAUAUUAUGGAGUCCCACAUCGGUUUAAGCGAGAUUGAUAGAGUAGAGUUAAAUAUAAAAAGGAGAAGAUAAGAAAUGGUUUGCCAAGCUUGGUAACGCAAGCUUGUAAUCCGAGUGGAGGCAUUCCGGUUUAUUAAUCAACUG